AUGUCCCCUCGCACGUUCCUUUUCACCUCUGAGCAGGUUUCUGAGGGCCAUCCCGACAAAAUCUGCGACCAGAUAUCUGACCGAAUCCUGGACACCAUUCUGGCCCAGGACAAAAUCGCAAGGGUCGCAGCAGAUGUUGCAAUAAAAGACAACACUGUCUUCCUUCUGGGCGAGAUAUCCACCACUGCGGUUGUCGAUUACAAUCAGAUUGUGCGAGAUGUUCUCAGAGAGAUAGGCUAUGAAGAUGAAAAGACGUCGUGCGACUGGCGCACCGUGGAGAUAAUAAAUCGCAUCAGCAGUCAGUCACCAGACAUCUAUCAGGCAGUGUUUCGUCAGGAUGAGCUUUGCGCAGGUGAUCAGGGCAUCAUGAUAGGAUACGCCUCGCAGGAAACGAAGGCUCUGAUGCCCGCAACCCACUUGUUUGCCAAUCUUCUUGCCAUGCGUCUCAGCCGAGUAAGAAAGACAGGUGUACUGCCGUUUCUGAGGCCAGACAGUAAGACACAAGUCACCAUCAAGUACGAAGAAGACCCUUUGACUAAGGAGCUCAGACCGAUAUUCUUAGACACUCUUAUCAUUAGCACAAUGCACGCUGAAGAAAUAGGCAACACGGCAUUGCGCACUGCAAUUUUCAAGCACGUUGUAAUUCCCACGCUGAAGCAGCUGAAGGAGGACGAAGGUCUUAGUCUUCAAGUACUGCUUCCGGGGUGCGAGGAUGGAAACCUGGAGAGGUUUGACUAUGCGAGUUGGCCAAUCGAGGACAUCUGUCGCGGCCACUACAACAAGUGUGGUAGCGAUCAGCCACAGUACACUAAGCUUCUCAUCAAUCCAUCAGAUCGCUUUGUAAUUGGAGGGCCCAAGAGUGACUGUGGCCUAACGGGACGUAAGGUCAUCGCAGAUAGCUAUGGAAGUUUUGGGUCCCACGGCGGCGGAGCCUUCAGCGGCAAGGACGCCUCAAAGGUUGACAGGUCUGGAGCCUAUUUGGCCAGGAACAUCGCCAUGAGCCUCUGCUCCCCUAUGAAUAAUAUCUGUAAGCGCUGCAUGGUGCAGAUAGGGUAUGCUAUAGGUGUUGCCGAGCCGGUAUCUAUCUUUGUCGAAAUGUAUGGCUCAGAAUUGAAGCCAGAGUAUGCCGAUCAACAACUGAUAGAAAGGGCGAUUCGAAGGACCUUUGGUCUUACGCCGGGCAAGAUCAUACAGGAGUAUGCUCUGGACACUCCUAUCUUCUUCAACACAAGCAGAUAUGGGCACUUUGGACGCUCAGAGUUUCCGUGGGAACAGCCCAGGCGUCUCACACUUGACUAG